AUGCUGCGAAUCGAGGCGAGCUCGCCCCUUAUUGAGGUCGCCGUCGCGGAGCUGCAGCGAAUCGGGCCGACCCUCGUCGCGUCGGGCGCGGACCUCCACGACGUCGUCUGCUCACUGAAGGAGUGCGACCUGGCGAAGGCCUACGUCAUCGACAAGUACGACAGCAUCAACGUCGUCGCCGCCGCGGGCUUCGUCAAGGACUUUGCGGCGAACUCGGCGGACAACUCCGGCGUCGUCGCGCUGACGGACCCGGAGUGCGCGUGCGCGUCGGGCACCUACAUCACCGCGCCGUGCACGUCCCGGGCCGACGCGGUCUGCGCGACGUGCUCGACGGCGUGCCAGGCCGACUACUACAUCGUCUCCGAGUGCGGCGAGUACGUGGACGUCGGCUGCGAGCCCUGCGUCAGCUGCGGGUAUCCCUACUACGACGCGGGCGGCUGCUCCGGGUCCAGCGACCGCGUCUGCUCGCCCUGCACGGAGUGCACGGCCAUGGAGUACGAGUCGAGCCCCUGCGAGGCCGGCGCGGACCGCGUCUGCGUGAGCUGCGCGCGGUCGUCGGAGUGCGUCGAGCAGACGGAGCAGUGCGCGAACGUCGCGCAGUGGUGGCGCCAGGCCAACUGCUGCGGGGACGACGACGGCGUCCAGGUCCCCUGCAACGAGCAGACGGAGAGCGACGUCCGCAUCGGCAAGCGCAACUCGCGCCAGCACUGGGUCUUCGACGUGCUCCCGGAGGUCGAGGAGGGCUACGAGCAGGGCGACGCGACGACGCUCCAAGGGUAG